GGUGGAAUUACUACUGUGCAAACCUGGGCUCCAAAUGAUGUCAUUGGCGUAAGAUGACAGCCGCCAUACCUGGGAUAUUUUUGGCUUCACUUUUCUAGCAGAAGGAAGAUGCAUGGUCUAUACUCUUUACAGUCUAUGGGUCUGAAAAUGUCAACGCUCAUGGCCCCUAAUGCACAUUAAAUCCACACUAUCUCUAAUACAGCUUCUGAGUUUUAUUUUAGGCUAAGCAUAGCACUUCAUUCAUAAUGUUCAGGAACUCACAUUCACUGAAAUUGACAAAUGUUGAGGAAAACUUUGCAGCAUAAGUCACUGAAACAGAAAAUAUGUCAUGUAAGUUGUCAAGUGCAAAGACAAGUGCAAAAGUAGUUGCAAUGUUACUCAAGUAACCACUGAAACUCCACCCACAUAUAACACUUAUCAGGAAGAGAAUGACUUAGCUUUUCUUCCUGUCAUAACAACUCUCUUCUUUCUUGAGAAAACAACAUAAAACACACAAACAAACAAAAACAACAACAACGAAGAAUUAGCGUGCAAUGAAGAAUACAGAGCAAAAACUUUCAUGAUGGAUUUUUGAGAAGUUUGUUUCUAAACAGGCAGCAGAUCUUUGUGAUUAUUUUUGAAACAUCGUUCAGAAAGUGAAAGUACAGCUUAGAUUACUAGAGCUCAAACAGUGAAAAUGGCUUCACUACAUGCAGAUGAAUUUUCUUGUCCCGUGUGCUGUGAAAUCUUCAAGGAUCCUGUUGUUUUAUCAUGUAGUCACAAUGUCUGUAAAGAGUGUCUUCAACAGUUCUGGAGAACCAAGGAAACUCAGGAGUGUCCUGUCUGCAGGAGAAGAUCCUCAAAUGAUCAGCCACCAUGUAAUUUUGCAUUGCAAAACUUGUGCGAGUUGUUCCUGAAGGAGAGAAAGGAGAGGUGUUCAGCAGAAUCUGAGGAGAUCUGCAAUUUGCACAGUGAGAAACUCAAACUCUUCUGUCUGGAGGACAAACAGCCUGUGUGUUCAGUAUGUGUUAACUCACAACAACAUGUCAGUCACACAUUCAGACCCAUCAGUGAAGUUGUUCCAUCAUGUAAGGAGGAGCUCAACACAGCACUGAAGACAUUACAAAAGAGCCUCAAACACAAAGAAAAAAUUAAAGGAGAGUUUGAGAAAACAGCUCAACACAUCAAGUCUCAAGCUGAGCACACAGAGCAUCAGAUUAAACAACAGUUUGAGAAGCUUCAUCAGUUUCUCAGAGAUGAAGAAGAAGCUACAAUCACUGCACUGAGGGAGGAAGAGGAGCAGAAGAAGCAGAUGAUAAAGGAGAAGCUGGAGGAGAUCAACAGACACAUCUCAGCUCUUUCACACACAAUCAAAGACAUGGAGGAGAUGAUGAAAGCCAGUGACAUCUGCUUUCUAAAGGAGUUUCCAGUCUCAAUGGAAAGAGUCCAGAUCUCACAGCCGGAUCCACAGACACCUUCUGGAGCUUUGAUUCAUGUGCCAUGUUACUUGGGCAACCUGCCGUUCAGAGUCUGGAAGAAGAUGCAGGACAUCGUCCAAUACACUCCAGUGAUUCUGGAUCCAAACACGGCUCAUCCAGAUCUCAUCCUUUCUGAUGAUCUGACCAGUGUGAGAUGGAGUGAGAACAAUCAACCACCUCUUGAUAACCCAGAAAGAUUUGAUGAGUGUCUUUGUGUUUUGGGUUCAGAGGGUUUUAACUCAGGAACACACUGCUGGGAUGUGGCGGUUAAAAGAAGUUCACACUGGAGUGUUGGAGUAACUACAGCAUCAAAUCAGAGGAAGGGGGAUGAAUUCUUUAGCACUGAUGUCUGGAGUGUGCGAUAUGAUAAGUAUGGACUGUCAGAAAAGUUUGGUUUUCCUGUUAAACGUGAGCUUGAAAGGGUGAGAGUUGAUCUGGACUAUGACAGAGGAACAGUGUCAUUCUCUGAUCCUGUAACUAACACACAUCUACACACAUUCACAACCACCUUCACUGACACUGUCUUGCCAUUGUUUCGUAAUCUUGAUGAAACAACCUAUCUGAAGAUUUUACCAGUUACACUCUAACAGUGAAAAUCACUGUUGAAUCUGAUCCUGCUUAUGAAUCAAUAAUAUUUUUAUAUAAAUAUAAGAUAUAUAAAUAAUAUAUUUAAAUACUCUAUUGAAUUCUUGUACAAAUAAGAUUUACUGUUAUCAUCUAUAAUAACACUUUGCUUGCAUUUUUUUUAUUUUCAAGAAACUCUUU